AUGACCGCGCCGCAUCAACACAAAUCAACAACCGCCAAACGUUGCACAGCUUUGAAUCGGUCGGCAAAACGCGGCCACAGUCAAUCCGCAUGCAGUCAGACAAUGCGCGGCCAACAACCGACAAUCAACAGCCCAGGCAAGCCACUUGGCCGGGGCACAACCACCAACAACCAACAACAACAACCACAGCACGCACACACAUAUUUGAAGUCAUUAAUAAACGAGUGCCGUGUGUACGCAGCAAGCAAUCUAAUAAAAACAAAAGAUGAUCCUGGUGGCACUACGCAGUCACGCCUAACGCAACAGCAGACACAAAAUCUCAGCAACAGCAAUAUGGAUGCUGCCACAACAACAACAACGACAAAACACUACAAUAAAACAGCAAAAUUGCAAAAUAAUCAUCAACGUUCAACGGAACGACGUGGCACAUAUCGCAACCAGAGUGGUGAGGCGCAAGCGAGUGCACACACAAAUGCGGGUGAUAAUGUCAAAGUUCAGAAACAAACAGCCAAGCAGGCAAAGGCGGCUGCGCAACGCGCCGCUGCAAUGGCCGCAUAUACAGCGACACUAGAGAGAGGCGGCAACAAGGCGACAGGAGGUAGUGCCAAAGAUCCACUUGCGAUCAACAGCGAUGCAGCGCCAAUGCUCAGCAGUGGUGGAAGUGGCGGCGGCGGCAGCAAAGCGGCGCGAACCAAGGAAGCUAGAGAGCAAAAGACUGUUGCAAAAUCGGAAACAGCAGUCGCAGGGCGCGGCGAAAUCGCCACAGCGACCACAGCGAAUGCCAGUACCACCAGCGCAACCAGCAGCAACAACAAGCACAGUGAUAAUAGUAACAGUAGUUUAAGUAAAAAUAAUUUUUCAUUAAGUCAAAGUGAAAUGACGCGCAAAAGUGAAAAGCUGAUGCAGCAGGAGGAGGCCGGUAUCAGUGACAACAAUAACGGUGAUAUCAAGGUGGCGUCGUCAACAGCGGCAGUGGCAGUUGCUGCUAAGAGUAAAACAGUGGAUACUGCAGCGACAACAACAGCAGCAGCUGCGCCCACAGCUGUGCCAUCCGCAGCGUCUAAUACUUGGAAUAAUUCUCGAUAUUUGCAUAAAAAGUUUAAACGUCUCGCCAGCACAACAGACGUGGAUAGUAUUGUGGCGGAUAGCCAAAGUGCCAUUGUUGCCGGCAGCAGCGCUAGUAGUGAUGCGGGUAGUGAAGCGCCGCAAACGCGCACCACAUCGCUAUCCUCAUCUGCAUCGACCAGCUCGAUUUCACCGCCACCAGCAACAACACCAACGUCAACGCCAACGCCCACUGCAAUGGUGACGGCAACAACGACGACGACGACGAUGCCACAACCCAACGCGCCAGGAGGUAGUGUUCAUAGGGCCAUUAGCACGGCGCUUACAAACGGGCAUAUCCAUGCGGGCGCGGUGGUUACAACAAUUGAGCAACUCAACUCUAGCAAUAACAACAAUAUGACGAGCGUUAAGCCAAAUAUUGCUGCUCCAAGCAGCAACAGCAAAAGUGAGAAUAACAACAAUAAUGGCUCAUUGAGUUUAACGAAUGACGGCGGCGGCGUUCUGCCGCAGCGGCAACAGACGGUACAGCAACAUUUGGAAGCUGAGCAAUUGCCGCAAACUAUGCUGUACUUUUUCGAAAAUCAACAGAGUCAACCCAAUAAUAGCGGCAAUAAUAGCAGCGCUAGCACGUCUUCUCCCAACUCAGGUCGCUAUGUCUGUCCCUAUUGCAAUCUCAAUUGCACGAAACCAUCGGUGCUGCAAAAGCACAUACGCGCCCACACCAACGAGCGUCCCUAUCCGUGUGAUAUCUGUGGCAUUGCCUUCAAGACGAACAGCAAUUAUUAUAAGCAUUGCCGAUCGCGUUCGCACGCCGCACGCAAACGGGGCAUUGAAGUGCCGAUCGGUGCGGAUGAUGGCCUCUUUGGCGGCUCCGAUCAGGAGGGUGACCCGGAAUUAAGCAACAGCAGCUCGGAUGUGAUCAGUCGCACUGCUUCCCCGCUGGAUGAGUUGAGCAGUACCUCCUCACCAGCCGUGGUGGGCGCAUCCACGUCCGCGACAGCUAGCAACUUAAGCCCACAGCAACUGCAGCAAGUGCAACAACAGCAACAGCAGCAUAAGCAAACGCAAUUACAGCAACAGCAACAGCAUGCUUUAGCCAUGCAGCAGCAGCAAACUGCCACAACGCAGCCGCCACAUGUAGCUCUGCUACCCACACCCUCGCCGUCUUCGAUAUCGUCCGCGAAAAGCGCUUAUCUGCAACAACCAAUUCAACAGCAAUCGCACCAGCUGCCACUGGGCUCACCCGCUGCAGGUACGCUACCCCCGCCGACCACGUCAAAUGCCACCAACAUUACCACCAUCGUAAACGCAACACCCAAACAGGUUGGCAACGCCGAGCACAAACCAUAUAAACCGAAAUUUCACAACGCCGCGCUUUAUGCUACGACAAAGGAGGCGGCCGCAGCAGCCGCCGCCGCCGCCGCUGCGGGCAUACCACCUGGUCUUCUGCAACCACUACCACUACAACAAUUGCCACAGACACCACAGCACAGCAUGCCUCCAGCAGCGCAUUUAGCUAUGCUCCCGCACACUCAAGCGCCGCCACCGCUGCCGCCCGUUUCACAUCAUCCCUCACUUUCGCCCAGCACGCAAGUGAAGCUGAACAACCACAUCAGCACGCACCAACUACAACUUCAAAUGCAGCAUCAGCAGCAACAACAACAACCGCUGCACGUGCUACCACCUCUCAACGCAGGCAUACAGCUACACCAUGUGGCGGCUAUGUCGCCUAAAAGCGCUGCUCAGCGGCCGGAUAUGGUGAACGCGGCCGCAGUUGCGGCAGCGAACAUGAACUAUCUAGCCGCACCGCGCAUGAUCUACCCUGGCGCAAUAGAUUUUCCACCAGAGGCGCUGCAUAUGAUGAUGCCGGAGAGUAGGCAGAAGCUACACUACCAAGUGCAACAGUAUAAGUGGCUGGAGCAGGAGCUGCAACAGCACUUGCACAAGCUAAGUCAGCAGCAGCAACCACAGCUACAGCACCUACAGUCGCAGCCACAGCCACAACCACAGCCACAGCCACAUGCUCAACCCACGAUACUGAAACCGACGGCUACAAUGCCAAUUCACGCGCGCGCUGCCAGCAGCAGCGGUGGAAAUAGUCAACACGCGAGUGCUGCAGGUAUGCAACAAAUGGCAGCAGCUACAGCAGCAUCGAAUCUUACACUGCAGUCGGCGCAGCAGACGCCGCUGCAAUACCUCGCUAACACAGCCGCCGGUCAACAGUCGACGUUAGGUGGCAGCAGCGCCAGUGGCGUCAGUAGCACCACCAGCAACACCACUGCAGCUCUAAGCUCCGGACUUUUGCACAGCAACAUCUCGAAUGCCGCCGCUAGCGGAGCAAAUAAGGUUGCAGAUUUGGUGCAGGAGCAUAUUUCCAAACUGAUCUCGCAAAAUGAGGCGAUCGUAGAGAACAAAGCGGUUCUUUUGCAGAAGAAAUACCCAAAGGGCUUGAAUCGCUCGCGUAGCUUUAAUAACAACAACAACAAUAAUGGUAGUGGCAACAUCAACAGCUCGGCAGCUACAUCGACAAACACUGCAGGUGGCAGUAUUAGCUUGGUUAGCACUCCUGCCGUUGCCAAUGAGAGCGCCACCAACGCCAGGCUGGCGCAGGCUAUCGUGCAAAAACAACAACAGCAACAGCUGCAGCAGCAGUUGCAGCAGCAACAACACUAUCAGCAACAAUUCCAGCAGCAGCUACUGGCUGGCACACAAGCAAUACAAAUGCCGCCACCAACCCAGCAGCAGCCGCAACAACAGCACCUUGCACAGAUACGCCUCGAGGAGCAACAUCAGCAGCCCCAGUUUCAACAGCAACAGCAACAACAACAACACAUGCAACCAAACGGCAUAUCGAAACACUUGACGGCAGCGGCCGCGCCAAAGCCUGGCCCCUCAACCGGUUCCACACCGCAGCAGCAACUUCCAGCAAUGCAUCCGCAGCAUCAGCAGCAGCAACCGUCAACGAAUGUUUACCGCCAGCAGAAUGUGAGUGGACAAGCUGGAUUUCCGUCACAAGAGUCAUCGCAGCGUCCAAUGUCAUCGCCUACAACAGCACAAACCGUCGUCUCGUCCCACAAGGAAAUCAUGAAUGCAAUGCAGCAGAUGAGCGCAUUGCCAAUAGCCAAUAGCAGCAUAAAUGCAAGUGCAAAUUCCAUACCAUUAAACCUGUCGGCCAAGCCGAGGGUGCGCCAGGAAGAACCAACUGAUGUCAUUCCAUCUAGCAGCUCGACGUCUACGCCGAGCAGCACGCCACACAAGCGCCAAUCAAUAGAGAACCCAAUCUCAACUUCCAGCAAUGACGGUUCGACAAGCGGUUCUGUGGCGGGUGCGUCGGCGACUACCGGUAGCGGUGUGUCAAAUGCCAAGCAACCAACAAACGUCUCGAUAAUCAAAAACUUGUUGCUGAAUGCACGUGGCUUAGCUGUGCCCACUGGCGAGGGUGAAGACGCUGUUUACAACUGUCCACUCUGUUCCAGUGCAUUCCGCACAGCAGAAGAUCUGCAGCUGCACAACAGUACCUACUGUCAAGGAGCCUCAAGCGCACCCAUCAGCCCCGUGUCAUCACCAUCCUAUCGAUAUUUCCGCUCCAACUCGAUCACACUUAAUCUGCCUGAACUGAAAAACUCUCUUUUUCGCUCACGUGAUCCGUUGCCACUGGCUAAGUUGGCUUGGUAUCAGCUGCGCACUAAACCGAGUUCGUUGGUUUUAAGUCGGCUAAGCGCCUCGCAGGCAGGCAGCUCGAAAGCUACAACGACUACCACCACCUCAGCAACAUCUACAGCGCCGACCAGCUCCACCAGCAGUAAUAGCAUUGCCAGCUGCGUUGCCUCGCCGCGGAGCACACCACCAACAGCACCUCCUGCCACUUUGUCAUUGCCCGACCCGAAUAUUGUGCGUUUAAUUGACGCACCACUGCCUUCCCCGGGACCACUAUUGGGUAAAACGCCACUUGUCGAUUUUGGAAACACCAGCGAAUCGCGCAAAUCAGAGGAUGUGAUCAUUACCAAAAUGCACGAAGAUCGUCAGUUCGACGCACAUACACCAGCGAAACGCGCCAAAAUGGCUAUGGAUAACGGCGAGUCGUUCGUGCUUGCGCCAGCCCCAGCCAACAGUGGCGGUCUGAUGGCCGCAACUUCAAGCAAGCGCAUGAAUAUCAAUAGUAUCAGUGGCGGUGACAUGCAAUUACUGUCCAACACCAACACCACCGACCUCAGCAUUGCCAACAAGAGGGAUGAGCGCAUGCGUCGCUUCACCUCUUCCGGUGGCUGUAUCAUACCAAUUUCCGAAUGCAGUGACAUGGACAAGAGUCCCAAAAUGAUUCGUACGCCACUGCUAUCGGGUGGCAGCUUUCAGGAGGUUUCACCCAAGCCGAAGGAGAAAGAAAACAAAAAUGCCGUUUCAUUACCCUUCGCCAGCAGCUCCACUUUUGCGCCCAAACUUGGUCUACCCGUGCUCGGCUUGCCUACAAAUGGACCUCAGCAUUUCCAGUUUCCCAUCAACCCAAUUACGGCGUUUAAUCCACUAACGCUGCCACCCUUACAUGGCAUGCCGGGUGGUGGGGAGAAAAUUAUUCCCCAUGUGCCCGGCAUACCAGGUCCCAACAGCUUGACACCACAACUGCCGCCACCGCAGCAUCUACAGUCAUCACAGAUGUUGCCUGGUGGACGUUCACUAAGUCCCAAUCGCAAGAAAACACAAAGCCCCAUGUUGAUUUCGAGCAGUGUAAGCCCUAAGUCGUUGGCACUACCGUCACAUGAAAAUUUGAAAUCUUUAUCACCAUUCGGCGGCGUGCAAAAUGUGCCUAGCGAGUUUGAACGUGCACCACCACCACCCGGCAUGCGCAAUGCACGCAACUGGAAUCAAAAUGUUGCAGCAGGCUCGUUAAGUAAACCUGGGAGUAGCAAUAGCUUGGAUGUGCCAAAAAAAACAUUCAACUUUACGCGUAUGGCCGACAAUAUAAGUCCGCGCAAAGGCGGCAGCACUAAUGUACCUAAAAGCUCGCCGCCCGAAAAUGAGGUGCGACAUUUCAACUUUGACCAUUUAAGUAAGGACGGAGAGAGUAACCGCGCACCAGCGAGCUCUGCACUCACGCCUCUACACGUCGACAUUACUGCUAGUGCUGCAGGUCCAACCCCAAAUAGCAGUGGCUCGGAGCUCACUGAUGUGGAAACGAAGAAAACCAAGUUUUUGCGUCCAACCAGUCUACCACUCAAGCCGGGCACUUUCACGCCGAAACGCCACCACGGGAUCACCCCAACCGCCAAUACACUGCCGCUUAUAUCGCCGGAAACGCCACGCCCUUCCAAAUCGUGCGUGCAACUCUACCUUAACGGUCACGCCUACACAUACCUGGGACUCAAGUGCAGCACGAAAAUGUUCUACUGCACGGUGAACUGUCCGCAACCGUCAUAUGUGGCAGGUAGUCAGAAACUCUCUAUGUACAGUGUGUGGCAAGUUUGUGCAGAAAACAAUCCACACCCGUUGGGCUUCAAGCCGAAGGUGGUGAUGUCGCUGUACGAUUCACGUCAGAAGACCUCCGCGAAUACAAUGGCUGGCAUGAAUAAACUACCAUACGCUUUGGUGGUCUCUCAGCAAACCGUAAUGACACCUUUCGACAACCACCCGGGCCAGUACCAGCAUCACCAAAUGAAGCAAAUCUCACUCAAUACAAAUACUACGGAAUGCGGCGAGCAGUCGAAGAAGACUAGCGCUGGUAGUAGCGGCAGCAGCAGUGGCAGUAGCGGCAGCGUUGAGGGCGGCGUCAAGAAGGAGUCGUCAGCUGGUCAAAUGUUAGUCGGAGGCUACGAAUCGCAUGAAGACUACACUUAUAUACGUGGGCGUGGUCGCGGACGUUACGUCUGCUCGGAGUGCGGCAUAAGGUGUAAGAAACCCUCAAUGCUGAAGAAACACAUACGCACACACACUGAUGUGCGGCCAUACACAUGCAAGCAUUGCAAUUUCAGCUUCAAAACAAAGGGCAAUCUUACCAAGCAUAUGCAGUCGAAAACACAUUUUAAAAAGUGUCUAGAACUUGGCAUCAACCCCGGCCCAAUGCCUGCGGACGGCGAAUUCCUCGAGCCUGAACCAGAAUUCGAUCAACAGUCGACCACAUCGGCCGGUGGACGCACGUCGUCCAUUCCAGGCGAGUCGGACUCGGAUGACUACAGUGACAAUGAGUCCGAAAGCAGUGAUACCGACGAGUCGAAGUCGCGUCUGCUGGAGCAUGAAGCGGCGCGUGGUUUGCUUUCGCUCUCGAUGACGCCACCCAUAGGGCAAAGUAUUUCGCCGCGUCCAAAAAGUGAACCAUACCCAUAUCAGCACAACGAGCGCGUCGACCCAUCCGCAAUAUCUUUUGCAGGGCAGAUGAGUGCGGCUGCAACAACCGCCACAAGUUUAUCUACAAGCAACACACAUCCCACCGGCAUUAAACGUGUCAUAUCGUUCAGUUCACCGAAACCACCGUUCGACUAUCAGAAGCAAGAGCAGUACUACUCCAACCCUGAGGAGUCUAAGCCGAAGCAUAGCAAUAAUGCCGCCGCAGCCAUUUACGAAAGCGCGCCCAUCGAUCUCACUAAACCACGUGCUGCCGUAAAUCCAACGCCUUCACCAGUGACCACAUCCAUCUCAGUGGCACCUAGACUAACUGUUGAUGAGUACAAUACUAGCGCAGUAGUGCCACUGCCCGACCCACCAGUACAAACGCAAGCGCAAAUACGUGACGUUAUCUUCGGUAGUAGCAACAAUGAAUCGGGUUUCCUUAAGACACUCAUCUCGGUGUCGGAUAAGGUGCGUAGCUCCACUGAAAUGCUUGAGAAUUACAAGAAUGGCGAUGAGUUAUCCCAAGCCUACCAAUAUCACAAAGCCUUUCAAUAUCACAAAAUCAAACAGAUUCAAAUGAAUCGCAGCUUCCCCGAUGCGAUCAAUGUGAGCGCCAUUAAUCAAAACCUUGCUAGCACGCCAACGUUGAGUACCGUUAGUGUAACCAAUGCUGGACCAAGCACGGCGCUUACUACGACGUCGAAUGCUAACAGCGGCUUGCGCAUUUCAGAUAACAUAGCCACUACGACAGCUAUGGCUAGCAGCAGUAACGUUAACCACGCCACGAGUAGCGUGGAUUCCAUUGGCGCCAGCUCAGCCAACAAAAUGGCACUUAAUUCAAUAAUCAAUGUGACGAAUGUUGACAAAAGAGAGAAGAGAGAGAAGAGUACAGCUGAACUGCAAGUGCCAGCGAUCGAGGUGAGUGUGGUGCUCACUGACGAGGCGAAGAAUGAGCAACCAGCAAAUGCAACUACAGCGCCCGGCAACAGUAAAGCGAACGCUCAACGCAAUGCUGGCAAAAACAAAGCGGCAUCAAUAAAAUCUAGCACUAUUUUGUCUUGCAAAUCGUCUGACGAAGGAGAGGACAGCGAAUGCAUUUCCGAUCAAGAGCAAUCAGCUGUUGGUCACACUUCGAAAGGUAGCCGAAAUGUUAGCAAUACUGCUGCCGUCGCCACCACAGAACCGCACAAUGCCAAACUGCCUGCAGUUGUUGCACAACCCGGCACCACCGACUUCACGGGCGUGCUAUCGGCGCCAGGGCGUACGGUCGUCGUGGGUGAGGAUGGAUUGAAGAAGUCCGGCAACAAUGAAAUCCAACCGGUCUAUCCGCGCGUGCGCAUGUCACCAGACGGACGACCGGUGUGCAAAGUAUGUGCCAAAACCUUCCAAACCCAAGGUCAGCUGUCGUUGCACAUGAACAUACAUUACAUGGAGCGUAAAUUCCGUUGUGAACCUUGUGGGGUCUCAUUCCGCACGCAAGGACACUUGCAAAAACAUGAACGAGCCGAAGCGCACAAGAACAAGGUAAUGAUGACGUCCACCUUUGGCGUACCGACGACCUCCAAUCCACGCCCAUUCGAGUGCACCGACUGUAAAAUUGCCUUCCGCAUACACGGCCACCUCGCCAAGCACUUGCGCUCCAAAACGCACGUGCAAAAACUGGAAUGCCUACAAAAGUUGCCAUUCGGCACCUAUGCCGAAAUCGAACGUGCCGGCAUAAGUCUCACCGAGAUCGACACCAGUGACUGCGAGAACUCGCUCAUCUCACUCAAAACACUAGCACAAAAGCUGAUCGAAAAGGACCCCAACAAACUGGGUAGCUACACAAAUCCAUCGGACAUGGGUGGCAUUAACAGUAGUAGUGGUGGUAAUGGUGGUGGUAGUGGUGGUGGUGGUCUAGGUAGUGUCGUAAGCGAAUCCACGAAUACAAAUACAAACCACAGCGCUAUCGUGUCGCAGGACAGCGCCUCUGAGGAUGAUUUUAGUGCUGCCACAAUCGCGGCCGCCACCGCAAUCGCCUCAUUGGAUAAUGAUAGCGCGGCAAACACGCCGAAACGCGCCAACUCCACGUCCGAAGAUGAAGCAAUCGCAAGCGGACUAAGUAACAAUCUGAAACGUCGGCUGCCGGGCAACUUUAGCAAUGGCGAAGAGAGUGACAAUCCCACCGAGGGGGGUGGCAGUGAGAAGCGUACACGUGUGUCGUCACUUUCAAGUGUCGGUGCGGCUAGCGCGACAGCGGCAGUCGGUUCGCCAGCGUCCAUUACAUCGUCAAAUGCAUCGUCGAACAACUGACAUUAUGCCUACGCGCCGCCGAGCGGAUGAAUAAGGGAUGUGCUGGCACUGCAACAGGCGCAGCCACCAGCGCGCCAAACGUCAUCGAGGCUGCUGCCACCGCCGCCGCCACCACCACCAGCACCACCAACACAAACAAUGUCGACGCAAUGGCAGUCGUCGGUUCUACGGCGCAACGAUGUGAAUGGCAGCAAUGACGGUGUUGCAUGGUGCGGUGGAGAUGGACUGGAGCAAAAACAAUUUCACCUGCAGUUGCAAUACCAGCCACAGCAGUUGAUGGAAACCCAAUUCGUAAUGCCACAGCUGAUACAGCGAAAGUACUAGCGGGUGCGGGUGCUAGAGAAUGCGAAAAGCCUUUUACUUAGUGUUUUGUAAUUUGAAAGCGGAGUAAAGAAACCAGAUAUAUGUAAUAUAUAUAUAGGCAUAGGCGUAUGUAGUAGUAAAUAUGAGUGUGUAAAGAUUUAGCGCCAAUUUGUAGGCGCAGUUGUGCUCAUUGUGCGAAAUCUAACAAACAGAAAGCAUUUUCGAAGAGAUCCAGCAGUCAGCGCAUAUCCUGUAUUACAUAUCGUGUGUAUACAACAAUUUUUAUGAACUCGAUUUUUUUUCACUUAGUAGUGAGCAUGAAAUACAAAAUCAAAUAAAUCAAAAAAUAUACAAUAGAGUUUUUAUGAAAAACAAAAACAUGAUUAAAAAUAAAAUAGUUGCAAAAAGUAAUUGAAAACAAAAAAAAAACCCGUUGAGCACAACUGUGGCUACUUUUUGCCCAAUGCAAGUUGCGUGUAACUGCGACAGUUAGUAGAAGCUGGCGAGGUUCAGCAACACAUAACAACAAGGCAUAUAACGGCUACCUUAAAACAUUUGUAGUUUUUUUUCAUAAUUUCUCUUCAACGAAAGCAACAACACUACGAGUAAGCGCAAACGUGAAAGAAAAUCAACAAAUUAACAAACUUAACUUAGCUAGGGAAACCAACUAUCAUUGCUAUUUUAUAGCCAGACAGACAUACAUAUGUAUUUCCAAAAAAAAAAACAAAAACAACAAAAAAGAAUAAACACAAAUCAACUCUUUAUACUAUAUACACACACCUACAAAAAACAUAUACAAGCACACUUUAGCCUCAAAGAAAAAAAAAACACAUACAUAUAUACCUAGGCAUAACCACCUAAAUAUACAAAAUCUAUAACUAUACAUACAGAGUAGACACAUAGAAUUUUAUGUAAUUUCAUAUACAAAACUCACGAAAAAUUAUAAUGCAAACCAAAUAGAAAAAUCCACAAAUCCUCGAUCUACAUACAUACAUGCAAACAUACAUACAAACAUAUACAAACUGCUCUACCCACUAUCACUUUAUAUUUCUAUACAAAAUUUAUAACCAUAUGUAUGUGCGUAUGAGUAUUUUCAUACAUGUAUGUAGUUACGUAUGUAUGUAUAGCGAAAAGCAAAAAUGUUUCGAUUGUAAGAAACUGCUACUAUUUUUAAUUAAAUUUCUU